GUUUCCGAUUUCCUGACGAGGACUCUACAGGAAAUGAAGCCAUAUAUCAACUCUGACACGGACGUUUCCUCUCUUUCACCUGAUGGAAACUAAGAGAUGUUUCUACUGAUAAUCAGGCAGAAGCAGAACUUCUUUCCGCCAUUGUCGCGUUCUUCUCCAAGCUCCGCAUUAGGUCCAGUGACGUUGGUAUUAAAAUUUCAAAUCGCAAGGUGCUACAAGAGGUCCUUGGACGCAGUGUGAUCCCAGAGAGCUCUUUUGCGGCUGUAUGUGUUAUUGUCGACAAGAUUGAGAAGAUACCAAGAGCAGAGGUGGAGAAAGAGUUAACAGCGUUGGGUCUUCCCGUGUAAGCUGUGGAUACAAUUCUAGGGUCUCUCACGUUACUUUCACUUGAUAAUCUUGAAGAAGUUUUAGGGUCAGACAACGAAGCAGUCGUAGAAUUGAAGCAACUUUUUGAAUUGGCUCGAGGAUAUGGUUUUGAAGACUGGUUGCAGUUUGAUGCUUCUGUGGUCCGAGGUCUCGCAUAUUACACAGGAACAGUCUUUGAGGGACUCUACGUGCAAUUUGUGGAGGGGGCAGAUAUGACAAGCUUCUGUCUACAUUUGAGCGAGUAGACACUCCUGCCUGUGGAUUUGGCUUUUGGCCGCAGUUAUUGUCGAGUUCGGACAGCUCCUGCUUCAACUUUGCACGAUCGUCCUGCGUUACUAGUAAUUGCUCAUGAUCCGUUUAUGAGCAGAGUACUGUGGAUCGCUCCUCUUGCACCACGCUAAUCUCAGGCCCAGCACGCACAUGCACUCGAGUUGUUGUACUUCGACGGAAAAUUCAGAUUUCUCUGAGUGAACGGGGCUUGCGAAUCGAGGAGGGGGACUCUUUUAGGCUCGGAUUCAGUUUAGUUAAGUGGAGGGCAGAAUGAAAAGAGCCAGUGCGUCCAUUCUCAGUCCCGCUGCUGAACUUGCCACACGGGGAAUAGACUCCGCAGACGAGGAACCAGAGCUUCCCUCCCCUGUCAGCAGUUCUGAAGAGCUGAGCGUAAGAGAUAUUUGUGCGAAGUUCAACGCUAGCGAGUGGGAGGUAGUGUUGAGAGGUUUUAGGUCCAGCAGCGUUCUACGAAAGAUGACAAUUGGCAGCCUGACAUGGAGUUCCGAAGCGGAUUUGGAGAGCUUGGGUUUACAGCUGGGGAUAAUUCUGAAUACUUCUAGUGUAGCGGACUUGAAAAUAUGGCAAGGGGGAUUGACUGCGAGAUUUUUCUUGAAUCUCGCAUCAGGACUGCGAGAAAAUUCCCACUCGAUACUCAAGUCUUUACAAGUAACUGACUUGGGGAACUCAAACGCGGUGAAGUUUAUCGUUGAGGUGUUGAACGGUCAUCAUCAAUUGGAAACUUUGAGUUUAUUCAGCUGGAGAUAUGGUGGAGACCUCGUGGGCGAUGAGGACGUUCGGCUCUUGUCCCAGACUUUAAAGCAGAACUCGAGUUUAAAAGAAUUGGUUUUACAAGGAGGUGGAUAUGCCGCCUUAUUGCGGUACGCAUUGGCCGGAGAUGAUGGCAACCGAUCGAUUGAGCAACUUGAGCUGAGAGUCAUGUAUGGAAUCGGGAAAAGUUUAGCAGAAGUUUUCCUUUCCAAUCGAUCAUUGAGGGUAGUGAUGUUGAACGACAUCACCAUGCCUGUGGAGGAAUGGCGCUUGCUAGGCGAAGCCAUACGUGACAAUGCCACAGCGACAACUGUUAUCGUACACACAGUCCUAUCACGGAGAUGUUUCAAAGAGCUUAAAGAGCUUUCCUGCGCUGCUAGCUCCGAUGGGAAGGAACCCUUGUUGCAUCUUGAAAUGCAUCAGGGGUUUUGGCGAUACAAGUCAGAAGAUGAUGAAGAUAAUAUGUUGGCAGGGUUCAAGCUUUUAGGUAGUGUAUUGCGAGGGGAAAUCAAGUCUGUAAAAUCUCUUAGUUUACGGUUAAAGUAUUUUACUCUAUUCCGCGGAACAGAAGAUAUCCUUCCGAUGAAUGGAAUAACUGGAGAAACCUCACGUCUGAAAAGACUACACUUAAGUUUUGGUCGUGGAGGUUUUCUGUUAUGGAAGCACCUGGUUCAGUCUUUGCGUUGGAACACAAGUGUCACAAGCUUGUCUUUGUCUUUCAAUCUACACAACGGGGAACCUGAGGAGUUGUUCAGGGACCUGAUGGCGCUGUUGCAAGUGAAUUUAACUCUCAAGGUAAUACAUGUCUCCGAGACCCAGUGGGCAAGGGAUGGAAAGGCGGCGCUGAUUGAAGCGGCCCUCAAGCAGAACCAGGAGCGGGCCAUGUACAUGUCAGUAUUCACUGAAGCCAAACUACAAUUUGGAGAUGCAAAAGCUGGUCGACUCUUCUUAUGCGGCUCUCCUGGAGCAGGCAAGACUCAAUUGCGUCAAACUCUGAUGAAGAUAGUUCAGGACAAGACCUGGAUCAGGGAAACAUGGGAAAAGUUGUCAAGGACCAAAGGCAUUGAGGUGGAUUUCUUGCUGAACAAUGAAGAAAUGCAAAUCUCAAUUUGGGAUCUUGCAGGACAAUGGAUUUUCCGUACUCUCCAAAAUGUACUCUUUCCUCAAACCAACGACUUUUGUGUUUUUCUUUUUGUGUAUAGCCCUGUAGUUGAGAAAACAUCUUCUCACAAACCACCCUCUUCUUUUCUGACUGAGUUGGAAGGCUGGCUGACUUUCAUCUCAUCCAGCACUAAAGUCAUAGGCCAUAAUCUUCCUCAAGUUCUUGUUGUAAUUUCACACAAGGAUAAGAUGGGAUCCACCUCUUUGAAUUGGGUUCACUCUAUAGUGGAAGAACUCAAAGUAAGGUUUGCAAAGUAUGUGGAUCUCUGCCCUCUUCAAGAUUUUUUUUAUGUGAAUGCUCGGAAAAGAAAUCAAGUGAUUCCUCUCAAAAAUCACAUUUUUGAGAUGUUCAAGAGCUUGUUGAGUGAAAAUUCCCCACGAGUUCCCCAAUUAUGCUUUCAACUCUCUUCCCGACUCCUUUCAAACAUCAAGAAGGACAAAACUUGCCCUCUUUGGUCAUUGGAAAAGUUUAGUGUUUUUUGUGAUUCCAGCUUGAAACAACUCAUUCUACCAUCUUCUGUUGAUCAUACAAGAUUAUUAAAAUCCCUCGUAUCCUACUUAAAUGAUGUUGGAUUCAUCAUUUAUAUUCCUAACCUUGAUCACAUAAUCGUCCAUCCGAGCUGGCUCACCAAUUCAAUUUUGGGUGAACUGAUAGCUAUGGGUCAACAUUUUCAAGCUGAAGAGUCCAAUGCUUAUGAGAUGGCGAUGUCAAGUGACUCAUACACAAGCAAGGACGGAUUUGUGAGUGAGAGUGUCUUUACUCGAUUAAUGGAAACGUUUUUGAAAAAGCAACCACGCUAUCAAAAUGUUGACAGAGAGAUCCUUGAAAAGAUUCUUUUCAACUUAGAUUUGGGUUUCAAGCUCGAAGAUUCUUUUCAAUAUUUCAUUCCCUCCUUCAUCCCUGAGUAUGCAAGCAUGGAAGAACAGAAGCAGCAAGAAGGGGCGAGUGUGGUGUCAAUGUCAUGGAACUCUAAGGUUGCGAACCCAAAUUUUGUCGGCAUUCGGAUUCGAUGCGAAGAUCUAAAAACAAUGUCACUAUCUGCUGCGUUUUUCCCACGCUUCCAGAUGUUCAUGAGACGCAAGUUGAAAUUCGGGACAGUGACACUCUCACGACAUUAUCUACAACUUUUACUCGAUGGUCACGAGAUUUACGUGGAACACUUUCAGAGUGAAAAGUCGCGCAACUACGUAGACGUUUUGAUGUUAUGCUCAGAGCAUAAGUCAAAGGAGGAGUCCAUCAAAUAUGUACUGAAGCAUAUUGUCCAGGAGUUGAUAUCCUUUUGUGCAUCACCCAAAGGCUGUCCUGGCGUGGCGUUAGUGUUAGGUGUGAUCCAAACAGUUUGCGUGGAGAAGCUAAUUCCGAGUCAUCUCAGAGGAGCCAUUUUGAUUGAGGAGCUCAAAUCAGAGUUCUCUACUAGCAUCAAUGACAAACUUGAGGAUUUUGCGUUGGAUGGGUGGCAACUGGUUAAGGAGGAAGAGUUGCUCAACUACGAGUAUACUUGGCCCGAGAUUCCAGAUUUGCAUUUAAAGGCAACAUCCGAACGUGCUACAAAUCUGCUGUGGGAGAGAGAUGUGGAAGCGGUUUUGAAUGAGAUCCGACAGAAGCGCCAUCAACUAUUGGAGUCAUUGCAGCAAAGCCUCGUCUGCUUGAACGAUGAUUUGGCUCAUUCUCAGCCUGAAAGCGAGAUAACGGUUAGCAACUCGAGUUUACCUCAUAGAAAAGACUGCAAUCCAGCUUCAGCCAGCUGCUCGGGCCAGGCCAGCACAAGUGGGGACACCCAACUUCUUUUGUUCAAGAUGGAUCAGAUAGAAGGAAAGGUUGAUGGUGUAUAUGAGAAAGUGACAUCAGUGGAGAGCAUUGUGCAAGGAUUGGACGUGAAGUUGGGACAAAUAAUCUCUCUUCAACAACAACUGCAGUCAUCGUUCAGUAAAUUCAUGUCUAAAGUUGACAGGAUAAUCGAGUAUUCAGAAUCGCAUCAGCAGACCAGAACGCCCAAGCGACCUUACGUCACGAAUGAUGUAGGCAUUUUCUACAAGAUGAGUGCACGUCUGCAUCUCGGAACAACCGUUUGCUUACGUUUGAUGUGUGAGGCCGUAACUGGGUUCCACCCUGUCAAAAAUCAAGAAGGUUUGAAGCUUCGCUUGGAUCAGGAGAAUAGCGGAUGGAUUCCAAAGAUUAUUGAGAUUUCAUGCAAAGUCCUGUAUUAUGCUGUGAAGGCUGGACUGUCUGCGACCCUCCAGUUAGGCGAAGCUAUUCCGCAGUGGGAUGAUUUGAAAACCGAUAUUCUUAAACUAGAUGGUAUUAGUAAACUAGAUGGUAGGGCAAUUCGGAAAGGUGGGCAUAGCGAGGAGCUGAACGAAGCAUGGUUGAGGAUUCAGCAAACUCUUGCGCCUCACCUUAAAGAUAGCUUAUCAAAAAUUUUCAGGUUGUAUCAGGUGAAGUACGAAAAUGGUGGGCAUGCAUGGGUGUGCGAGGAGUGCAUGAGAAAAGGUCGUCUUUCUAGAAUCCUGUGAGCACUUGAAAGAGGUUAGAAUGUCAUUAUGCAAUUGGCAUGCAUAUGUUCAGACCCUCUUGCAAUAUAAACCUUUGCAUGAUAUUCCUU